AUGUCGUCGGCGGCGGCGAAGGUGAUGAAGAGAUCAGGGGUCAGCGGCGGCCUGCAGGGCCCGAGGCCGCAGCCGCUGAGCCUGCCGGCGGCCGCGGCGUCGUCGGCCCGGCCUUCCAAGAGACCCCGCGGAGACGAUGGCGUCGGCGGCGGGCCGGGGCCUGUCAUCGUGUACGAGCACACGCCCAGGGUCAUCCACGCGCGGCCGGACGAGUUCAAGGCCCUCGUGCAGAGGCUCACCGGCCAGCAGCAACGGACGACCGGCGAUCAGGAGCCCGUGCCGCUGCUGCCGGCAGCAGAACCGGCGCCGUCGUCGUCGCACCAGGAGGAGGAGACCAGGACGGCUGCUGGCGACCCCCUGGUGCUCACGCUCGGGCAGCAAGCGCCGCGGCUCCAUGACGACCGUACGUCGGUGGGUCUGCUUUCGCCGGGCGCCGGCUUCCUUCUCUCCCCGGGCAGCUUGCUCUUCUCGCCUGCCACCAUGCAGGCCAUACAGGAGUUCAUCAGCUCAUGA